GAGCCAAUCGGGACUGGCCUGGCUGCAGCGGGGGACAACAGCUCAGAGGGAGAUGGCGCCCAGCUCGAAAUCUGAAAAGGACGACAGCAAACAGAAAACCCAGAGAAAACACAAAGACCAUGUCGUGAAGCUUCUCAUGCGUGGGAAGCUGUCAGGACAGUUUUCUCAGCGCCUGUUCAGGAAGCUGCCACCCCGAGUGUGUGUCCCAUUGAAGAACAUUGUCAGCGAGGAGUUCCUGAGAGCAGGGCAUAUCUUUCUUGGCUUCACCAAAUGUGGCCGCUACGUUCUGUCUUACACCAGCGACUGUGGAGAAGAUGAUGAUUUCUCUUUCUACACCUACCAUCUCUAUUGGUGGGAGUUCAACCUGUACAGUCGACUCAAACAGGUCCACCAUGUGCGACUGUUCGCAGGAGAGGAAAUCUACAGCGACCUGUACCUUACUGUGUGUGAGUGGCCAAGUGACCACUCCAAAAUUGUCAUCUUUGGUUUCAACACACGCAGUUCAAGCUCUGUUCUGAUGAACCUAAUGAUGAGUGAUGAGAACAACAGAGACAUCUACAUCACCAUAGCCUCUAUGCCACCUCCUAAACCUUGCUCUUACUGCUGUCCAGUUCCCUCAGCCACAACCAUACGCACAGGAAGUGGUGAGUGUCUCGAACAUGGAUAUGUGCUCAACAGCAGGUACCAGGUGGUGUAUCCGUUCCCCACUUUCCAGCCAGCUUUCCAGCUGAAGAAGGACCAGGUUAUCCUGUUAAACACCAGCUACUCUUUGGUGGCCUGUGGCAUCUCACUCUGCCCAGGUACAGAGGGCCAGUCAUCGCAGAUCCUUUACACAAACAGAGCGGUGGUGUCAAGUCAAGCCGCACCGUCUCUUUCCUCCACCCCCGUGGCUUCUUCUUCCUCACUACCUCAGGGAUCUCCCGAGAAUCGACUGCCACCUAGCAAGCCCGCUCCCAUUCCCUCGUCUCCCAGCCAUUCACAAGCUGCCAUGCGAGUCCGGGAGUUUGCUGCUGACCUUUUUAGACGGGCCCAGGGAGGAGGAGGUGGAGGAGGAGGAGGAGGAGGUGGUGGAGGUGGGAAAGAAAAUGAGGGCCAAGUGGAGAGGAGAACAGCUGAUGGUGGUCAAAAAGAGGCAGUGCCAACACCAGCAGACAAAGGGACUAAUGCAGAGACUCCGAGAGAGGAGGAGGACAGUAAAGAGUGGAGGGUGGUGGAAAGACGGACUAAUUUACUUCAGGCGUCAACAUCAGGUGGCAGCCACAGUCUGUCACACAGCUCUGAACCAGUCAUGUCUCCUGCCUCAUCUUCGUCUUCCCCGUCGUCCUCAAGCCAGGAGGCCGGCACCAGCGAGCCUGGAUAUGUGAACUACUCUCGCUUGCAUUAUCGCCUGCAACAGCCAGGAGCAGCAGAGCAGAACACAGGAGGUUAUGAAGACGAUAAAGUCCAGCUACCGUUCACCGUUACUGAUCUGAAAGGACGGAACCUGCAGCUGGUCACCGGGCCGCACAAUGGAAAGAGUGUGUGUGUAGAGCAGUUGACUCUGGACUUUGAGUAUCUUAUCAACGAGGUGAUCAGGAGCGAUGCUGCCUGGGCCCCACAGUUCUGCUCCUUUAGCGACUAUGAUGUGGUGAUACUAGAGGUGUGUCCAGAGACCAACACUGUGAUGAUCAACAUUGGUCUGCUGUUACUGGCAUUCUCCAACUCAGAUGAGGAGCACUGCAGGCCAAACACAUAUCAUUCCAACCUGCAGGUGAGCUGGGACCUAAACACAGGUGUGUGUUGCACUGUGGGUGUUGGCGACCUGACAGAGGUUAAGGGUCAGACCAGUGGGAGUGUGUGGAGCUCUUACAGGAAGUCCUGCGUGAACACGGUGAUGAAGUGGCUGGUUCCUGAGAGCAGCUCUCGUUACAUCAACCGGAUGACCAACGAAGCUCUGCAUAAAGGCUCGUCUCUGCAAGUGCUGGCAGACAGUGACCGAUGCACCUGGAUUGUAUUAUGAAGAUGUCCACAAGUGUCAAAGUAACAGAAACACACACAUACACGUCGACAUGGCCUCGUCUUCAGUAUGGAGCGAAACUGCACACGUUCAGGGGCUUUGGUAACAUGUAGUGAGAACACGUGUCAAAUUAAAACUGAACAAAGAAAGCUCCAGAUGAAAAACUGUAAAGAUGAAGUUUUAUAGGUAGUUUCUCCCCCCCCCCUCCCUUCUUCUUCUUCUUUUUGUAAUUGUGUACUGUAUUGUUACAAGCACCAAAACCAAGAGCUGGACUGAACGAAGUUUUAGUUUUUACUUUUUGUUUUUAUACAUAAAAGGUGUACUUUCAUUGUAGUGUGUGUGUCUGCAACUGAACGUAUGCAAUAUCUGUACCUGUGUGAUGUUCACAAGGUGUGUGUGGAUGAGUUUAUUGUGUGUGUAAUAUUUGACACAUUCUGCUGCUUCUGAACAAGUUGUUUCUCUUUCGGUCUGGACCAGUUCAGUCUAGCUGUGUGAAUUUGUUCGGCUGCAGUAUUUAAAAUGAGACGAAGUUGACUCAGUACUGCUUCGCUAGACUCUUUUCUGUUUUUUUGUUUUUUUUUUCUCAAAAAAACACCUGUUGUGGAAGAAGAGGGUGGUUGGAGUCAUCUGGAAUGGAAGUAAGACUGUAUUCUGCUGGGAUAUUUUGUUAAAAUAAAAUGUUGAAAAGCU